AUGAUGGUGGAAAGAUGCCUUGUGUAAACAUAUAUAAUACAUAUACACAAACGAACAAUAGUGUAUUAGUGUGUGUUAAUCUGUAAAUAUAUUUGUGAGUGUACUCAGCUCAGUGUAGUCUGAGAGUUGUUGGUUCGCCGAAGGUACUCUCUCUCUCUCUCUCUCAAUUUACAAAAAUUACAAUUAACAUUAAUUUUUUUAUAAUAAAAUAUAAAUACAAGUUAUAAAAAUGUCAACACAACCACAUAGCCGUAAACGAGUGUGUUAUUAUUACGACAGUGACAUUGGUAAUUAUUACUAUGGACAGGGCCAUCCCAUGAAACCACACAGAAUACGUAUGACCCAUAAUCUUUUGUUGAAUUAUGGACUCUACAGAAAAAUGGAAAUUUAUCGUCCUCAUAAAGCAACUGCUGAUGAGAUGACAAAAUUCCACAGCGACGAAUACAUAAGAUUUUUACGUUCAAUAAGACCAGAUAAUAUGUCUGAAUAUAAUAAACAAAUGCAACGUUUUAAUGUUGGUGAAGAUUGUCCAGUAUUUGAUGGUCUUUAUGAAUUUUGUCAAUUAUCUGCUGGUGGAUCAGUUGCUGCAGCUGUUAAAUUAAAUAAACAAGCAUCUGAAAUAUGUAUUAAUUGGGGUGGUGGUUUACAUCAUGCUAAAAAAAGUGAAGCAUCUGGUUUUUGUUAUGUCAAUGAUAUUGUACUUGGUAUUUUAGAAUUAUUAAAAUAUCAUCAACGUGUACUUUAUAUUGAUAUUGAUGUACAUCAUGGUGAUGGUGUUGAAGAAGCAUUUUAUACAACAGACAGAGUUAUGACUGUAUCAUUUCAUAAAUAUGGUGAAUAUUUUCCUGGUACUGGUGAUUUACGUGAUAUUGGUGCUGGUAAAGGUAAAUAUUAUGCUGUUAAUAUACCAUUAAGAGAUGGUAUGGAUGAUGACAGUUAUGAAUCAAUAUUUGUACCAAUAAUAUCAAAAGUUAUGGAAACAUUUCAACCAUCAGCUGUUGUAUUACAAUGUGGUGCUGAUUCAUUAACUGGUGAUCGUCUUGGUUGUUUCAAUUUAACUGUACGUGGUCAUGGUAAAUGUGUUGAAUUUGUUAAAAAAUAUAAUUUACCAUUUUUAAUGGUUGGUGGUGGUGGUUAUACCAUAAGAAAUGUAUCAAGAUGUUGGACAUAUGAAACAUCAGUUGCACUUGGCUGUGAAAUUGCAAAUGAAUUACCAUAUAAUGAUUAUUUUGAAUAUUUUGGUCCUGAUUUUAAGUUACAUAUUAGUCCAUCAAAUAUGGGUAAUCAAAAUACUGGUGAAUAUUUGGAAAAAAUUAAAACACGUUUAUUUGAAAAUUUGAGAAUGUUACCACAUGCACCAGGUGUUCAAGUACAAGCAAUACCAGAUGAUGGUGUUAAUAUUGAUGAUUCUGAGGCUGAUGAUAAAAUUAAUCCUGAUGAAAGACUGCCACAAAGAGAUAUUGAUAAAAGAAUACAGCAUGAUAAUGAAUACAGUGAUAGUGAGGAAGAAGGAGAAGGUGGUCGACGAGAUAAUCGAUCAUACAAAGGAUCUAGAAAAAGACAGAGACUAGAAAAAGGACAAGAACCAAUGGAGACUGAUGCUAAAAAAGAAGAUGAUAUUAAACCUGAUAUUAAAGAUAAUGACAAGGAUGAUAAAUCAAACAUCAUGAAUGAUGACCCAAAAAAAGAUGGCACAGUUAAUCCAUGAUAGAAGGCUAUUUGGCCCAAGCCCUUUGAUAAAAUAACUAUUUAAAAAAUUAAUCAUUAUUUAAGAUGAUUAUUUGCAUUUGCAAAUUAAUUAUGUCGCUUUAAACA